AUGAACACUAACUUCAACACCACGAACCGGAAUGGGGUCUAUGACUCCGGCAUAAAUUCAGCAAUCGAUGAAUACAAUCUGGAUGGCCACAUCAUAGUAGGAAUACUAGGUGACCCGGCAUCUAAUAACGAUGACGCUCAAACCAGGCUACGACUCCGAAACUCUCUUGUCACAAUUUUUGAAAAUGAUGACCCAUCGAUAUAUAGAUCCACGUCAUUUGGAAUCGACAAAAUGCAAAAUCUUCGAAUGCAAGAGCCUCAAGUCGAAGGUCAUCAUAUUCGAGAAACUGCUCUCCAUGGAUUUAACGAUGUGUAUGACGAUGAAAAGGGGGGACGUCUUAAAAACUUGAAUGAGUUAGAAACUUCUUUCGAUAGUUCAAGACUGGGCGAUCAGCAGCCGACACAGCAGCAUGCAGAUGACCAAAACCAAGGCUUCCGGAGUGGAACUGAUAUUCCAACUGUGCACAAUAUGUUAGAUCUCGAGUCCACAGAGGAUGAUGACUGCGAGUUUGAAAUCGUAAGUCCAGAGGAGAUGAUUCGUCUCUGGGGAAUACCUCCUGCAAUCAGAGGUGGUAAUGACGUGUCGUCGCAAGUUGAGACAAAUUUGCCUCUCAGGAAUCAGAAUCAACCACUUAUCUUGAGUGAUAAUAAUAGCUCACAUUAUCAUAUAAGCAACGGCGACUUGGGACGAAGAUUUUAUGACACAUGGGAUGGAACCAAUUUUGAUGAUCGUAUGGCAGGUUUAUCAGGAAGCAACCAAGAGAAUAUUUUGGGACGUGAGCUAUUAACCACAGAGACCUCAACUGGACUCGACAAAUUGUGCAGUCGAUAUGGAAUUCCUGACCUUGAUAAUCAAAUACCAGAGUCCAUCAGGCCUCCACAGUUCCCGCAAGUUCACAUUCAUCUCACGGAUUAUCCACAAUCGGACGGGAAUUGGACGUCCGCAAGCCAUAGAAUCAAUUAUAACGACUAUCUGAAUACUGAUCGAUCUUCAGAAUACAGCAUUGAUUUGCCACAACAAACAAUCCAAUACUUCAAUGUCAAUAGUGGUGGCUAUGAAAGUGGGAGUCAAAAUGAGACUCAUGGCAAUCAGGUCCCAGUACUCCAAAAGCGAUCUCAAGAAAGCCACCAACAAGGAAAUCACGGCCUCGUUCCUCGAAAGCGCACCCGAUCCCGUGGCACAAAGACCACACCAGUACAAGCCGGUGGUAUGUAUGUUGCUGGGGGUCUAUCGGACCUGGAGGAUAGAUUUGAAAUGGAUGAGAUCAAUCGGGGUUCUCAUAACCCCACCAAGAGAAACAAAGUCGCCAAAACCAAGUACGUUUCUCAGCCACGAGUCGAGCAACGUUCGUAUUGUAUGUCUCGAGUAAGUGUGUCAUUGGAAGAGAUGAAGGCCAUAGAUCCUGACUACGAUAAACAUCCCCAUAGAGCAUUUCUUCCAGAAAGAAUGGAUUGCUCGCAACAGGCUGGGAUGAAAGCAAUAUUGAUGCCCACAAGAAUGAUCAAACUAAUUAAUGCGCACCGUCAGAAGGCCAGAGAAGAAGAGAGGAAGAACUUUACUGGUCGAAAGAUUCCUCGAGACUUCAAGCUUCGACCCGUCAGGCACAAGGAUUUUGAAGCCUUUCAAGUGGCACGAAGAAAGGAAGAGGAAACACGAUCCUAUGAAAACAGGCAGAGAAGAUUUGCGAAUUGUAGAUCUUCGAAUCUUGUUCGCGAUGAGAAUCAAUGA